CUUCAAAACUACUCAGCGGAAACAUGGGCCACGUCACAGAGAGGCAGAGGUAGAGCCUACUGCUGAGCACAGCUCAUCUCUGGAACAAACUGAAAAGGCAUCUUGGUGGGUGUUCAUCAGAACAGACACUAUGGAGGAUGACGACUAUUUUGCAAGCAUGUUCAACGUGUCCAACGCCAACAAGCAGGAGCACAAUAACUUCCUGGAGUUCAAGAAGCUCUUUCUGCCCUGCAUGUACGUGGCCGUGUUCCUCUGUGGCCUGGUGGGGAACUCGCUGGUGCUGGUCAUCUACAUCUUCUACCAGAAGCUGAAGAGCCUGACGGACAUGUUCCUGGUGAACCUGCCCCUGGCUGACCUGGUGUUUGUCUGCACCCUGCCCUUCUGGGCCUACGCAGGCAUGCAUGAAUGGGUCUUCGGCAAGGUGAUGUGCCAAAUCCUGCUAGGCGUCUAUACUUUCAACUUGUACACGUCCAUGCUCAUCCUCGUCUGCAUCACCGUGGACCGCUUCAUGGCGGUGGUCCGGGCCACAAAGGCCUAUAACCAGAAAGCGAAGCGGAUGAGCUGGGGCAAGGCCAUCUGCGGGUCCAUCUGGGUGGUCUCCCUGCUGUUGGCCUUGCCACAGAUCAUCUAUGGUGAUGUCCAUAAGUACGACAAGUGGGUCUGUGAUCACAACGAGACGAUUUCCACUGUGGUUCUCGCCACCCAGAUGACUCUGGGGUUCUUCCUGCCACUGCUCACCAUGAUUGUCUGCUACUCGGUCAUAAUCAAGACGCUGCUUCAUGCCCGAGGCUUCCAGAACCACAAGUCUCUCAAGAUCAUCUUCCUGGUGGUAGCUGUGUUCCUGCUGACCCAGACGCCCUUCACUCUUGUGAAGCUCAUAGGCAGCACGAGCUGGGUGUACCACACCAUGACCAGCUACCACUAUGCCAUCGUCGUGACGGAGGCCAUUGCCUACCUGCGGGCCUGCCUCAACCCUGUGCUCUACGCUUUUGUUGGCCUGAAGUUUCGGAAGAACUUCUGGAAACUUGUGAAAGACAUUGGCUGCCUCCCUUACGUGGGAGCCUGGAGCCAGCCGAAGUCUUCGGAGGACACUUCCAAGACGUGCUCCGCCUCCCAGCAAGUGGAGGGAACCAGCAUGUUCCAGCUGUAGGCCGUGGGGCUCAGAGAAGCUGCCCAGGAACUUGCAGGAGCACAGAAUGCCGUGUCUUCCGGCGGCGACGGGGAAGGCUUUGUUUAUAGCUUGUGCAUUUUUGCGGAGAAGUGACCCAACGCUGCAGCUGGUGUGCAAUGCUUCUUCUCAGGCGUGAACACACCUGUUCUCUCCUUGAACACCAGGCCUAAAGCUCACCGGGGAAGCCAGAAACUUUAAGGGGUUUCCUUCCUCCAUCUCCGAGAAUUCUGACACCAGCGGGAAUGGUGUGACUCUAAAACCCCAGAUUCUCCUUCACUGAGACUGAGAAUGAAGGUUGAAGAGGUACCAUGACCACAGAGCUGCUGAUAGCAGGUGACAUUGAGCUCCCAAGUUCAGGAGAUUCUUCCGGUUUCUGGGAGGCAGGGAUGAGAGCAGCCAUGAGAACAGGUGCUGACCCUUUCCUUUGGGCUCCUCACCAAGGAGGUCAGGUUCUGCCUCACUUUUGGGUUAACUUUUAUGCUCUUGUUCUGUGAUUAAUCCUGGAAGGACUUGCACCAGGGAAUAUGAACAGGCCAAAACAACUGAGUCGGCUGAGAAUCCCAGAGGUCCACAGAAUGCUAGAAACUGUGCAUAGCCAAGUUUAAGAUCACCAUGAAUCUAAGAAGUGUUCUGAAAAGGAGUCUAUGCUGGGUCUGCUCAUUUUAAAAUUGAAUUAUCUGCCUGGCCGAUGUGGUUCAGUGAUUAAGCAUUGACCCAUGAACCAGGAGGUCUCGGUUUGAUUCCAGGUUGGGGCAUAUGUCUGGGUU